GGAAUGUUUUGUAGAAAACUGGGCCUUGAUGAGCUUCCUUUCAUUCUUAUGGAACGAUCCUCUUCAUUUUUGGAUGCUUACAGAGUUCAAGUCAAUAAAUCUGCUAUCAUCGUAGGAUGCGUGGUGGCUGGUUUGUCGGUAUUCGUACUGAUCAUCUUAAUCAUGCUUGCCGCAAGAAGGUAUCGAACCAAAAACGAUAAUGAGUCACAGCAAAGCCUGAAGACAGAAGAAACCGCAGUAGAACCACCACAAUUGCCACAGCCGUCUGUAGAUCUUCAAAUGUCACAAAGAGCUCCCGACAUAAUAUCUCAACUCCCUGCAGCCAGUAACGCUUUGUCCAACUCCCAUUUACUCCGCAGCGUAUCAAGAUUGCCGUCUAUACUAUUGCGAUCUACCUCUCUAUUUUCGGUUACCACAGCCAAGUCCAAUAUAACCGCCCUGGACUAUAAAGAGCCAGAAAAUAAGCGACAUUCUAGGUUAAAAGCAUUUUACCUCCAUCCUGCCGAAGUGCCUAACUGGAUCGCUGGCUCACCAUUAGUACGAUCGCGACAGUCUCUCUUUGAUAACUUGAGAGUGGCCACCCAGAAUCAGCCUGAGAAUAAUAGCAAAGAACAAUCCAAUGUUGUUUGAAGCUGUAUAUCGCAAUCAGAUCUUUCAGUAAAGCAAUCCUGCUCAUCAUACGCUCAUAUAACUACCUAUUACCUGAUUGAAGACUGACCGCGCAUAACUGUUAUCACAUUCACCCUCUCAAUACGAUCAAGACACUAUUGUAUUUUGAUCAUCAAAAUCAUCCACAUCUCAUUCAAUAAAAUAUUUAC